UUUUAUUUUAUUUUAGUAGAAUUGCUUUUUGCUUUGUGGUUGGUCAGUUUUACUUUCGUGUAAUUUAUCAAUCAGGUGUUGGCAUGAAAUAAUAAAUUUGCACAACUUUAAUAUUUUAUGUGAUUUUUAUUUAUUUAUCGCUGUUGUAACAAAUUAAAAAUGGAUGUGGAGGAAUGCCUUAAGGAAUGGGAGGAUUUAAUUGCGGACUACAAACAUCUUGAGGCUACAAAUAAGGAGUAUAUAACAAAACUUGAGGAAGUGGGAGAAUUACAGUCCAAAUGCAUGAAAGAGCUGGACCACCAGCGGUAUCGCAUGUCUCUUAUCACUAGUGCAUUGAAAAGAUUAGAAAAGAAAGGCAUCACAAAAGAUGAGCGUCUGGAGAAUCUGGAAAAGGAGAUUAUGAAGAGGAAAGCAAUGCUGCAUGAGAUAAAAGCAACAUUACCAAAACAGAAUAGUCUUUAUUUACGUAUCAUUCUCGGAAAUGUAAAUGUGUCUAUUUUAAAUAAAAAUGACAAGUUUAAAUAUAAAGAUGAAUAUGAAAAAUUCAAGCUAAUUCUUAGUGCGAUAGCUUUUGUUCUAGCUGUUACUAAUUUGUACAUAGAUUUCAGGCCAUUACAAUUGAUAUUGAUAUUCUUGCUGGUAUGGUACUACUGCACGUUAACAAUCCGGGAGAGCAUACUUAAGGUCAACGGCUCAAGGAUUAAGGGCUGGUGGAGGCUCCACCACUUCAUCUCCACUGUCGUUGCUGGUAUCUUGUUGAUUUGGCCCCAAAAUGAGCCUUGGGAAGAAUUUAAACAUACAUUCCUGUGGUUUAUUGCGUAUAUCAGUGUAGUCCAAUACAUGCAAUUCAGGUACCAAAGUGGUGUCCUAUACAGACUAAAAGCUCUGGGGGCACGGCAUAAUAUGGAUAUUACAAUCGAAGGCUUCCACUCGUGGAUGUGGCGCGGCCUCUCUUAUCUAAUGCCUUUUCUGUUUGGGGGAUACUUGUUCCAACUAUAUAUUGCUUACACGUUAUACCACAUUAGCUAUCAUCCUGAAGCAACUUGGCAGGUGGCAGCUUUAAGUAUGUCAUUCCUGCUCCUGGGAGUCGGGAAUACGGCGACUAUGUUAAUGGUGAUACCGCAGAAGUUCAGCGAGCAGGUGUCUUACUUGGCUGCUUUGUUUCUUACGUUGUACUCUUGCAACAUGUACACAAUAUUGCGGACUCUGCGCAAGAAAACACAAGGUGGACUCAAGCUGCGAUACAAAUUGCGUGCGAUCGCUUACCGCCUGUCCAAUGAACUCGCCGUAUUGGAGCAAAAAUGGAGACAGAAUAAAGUGGAAACAAAAUCAGAAUAGGAAACGUUACUCUGGUGUAACUAGCCUAUACAUAUGUGAUUAUAAUAAUAAUAAUAAUAUCGGUGAUUAUUGAAUGAAUCAAUAACAUUAUUCUUAUUAAUAUUUUAAUAAUUAAUGAACAUACAAUUUAUAUUUUCAUAUUUCAUGGUGUUUAAAAAAUAUUUAAUGGUGUUAUUUUAUCCUAUGUAAAUAUAGUUAUUUAUUAAUUGA